UCGUAAUAAAAAGUUCACGAAUCGUUUUGAAAGAUAAAAUUCAUUCUGGUUGUGUUGAGGUUCACAAUGGGAAGAUUACAGCUGUUGAGGACACCUUUGAUGCGUCCAAGUAUAACAACAUAAAGGUAAUAGAUGCUGGAGACAUGGUGGUUAUGCCUGGGAUUGUCGAUAGUCAUGUCCAUAUAAAUGAGCCAGGAAGAACUCAAUGGGAAGGAUUUGAGACUGCAACGCAAGCUGCGGCAUCUGGUGGAAUAACAACAGUUGUUGACAUGCCUCUGAAUUCAAUUCCACCAACGACCACAAUGGAUGGUUUCCAACRAAAGCUUGCAAGUGCMCAAGGRAAGUGUUGGGUGGAUAUUGCAUUCUGGGGAGGWGUUGUCCCAGGCAAUCAGGCUGAGCUUAAGCCGAUGAUGAAGAAAGGAGUUUGUGGCUUCAAGUGCUUUCUCAUUCACAGUGGAGUUGACGAGUUCCCACAUGUUGUAGAAAGUGAUGUCUGUCAAGCCUUGGAGCUAAUGAAAGAUUCUAAUUCUGUUCUUUUGGUAAUAAAAAGUCAACGCAAACUUAGAUACGAUUAUCCUNUUCUGAAAAAUAUGGGUAGGUUCAAGUUAUUGCUUGUAUUACGGUGUAGAUUACCUUCAAACAUURAAAUYUUUUGUUUSCYAACUAGUGUUCAUUGUCAYAUUGUUCAYYUGUCUUCGGCAAGUGCUCUUGGCUCCAUACGGAAAGCAAGGGCUGCUGGGAUACCUCUAACAAUAGAGACAACUCAUCAUUAUUURUCGCUAACUUCUGAGGACGUCCCUGACUGUGCAACUCAGUUUAAAUGCUGCCCUCCAAUCAGAAACAAGGAUAAUCAGAAUGCAUUAUGGGAUGCUUUGAGGUUAGGUGACAUUGAUCUUGUUGUGUCUGAUCAUUCACCUUGCACCCCAGACCUAAAGGUCAUGGAAGAGGGGGAUUUCAUGCGAGCAUGGGGAGGGAUUUCAUCUCUGCAAUAUGGGCUUUCACUCUUUUGGACUGGAGCAAAAGAUAGAGGUUUCACCCUACAUGACGUUGUUCGCGUGUUAUGUGAACAGCCAUCUAAACUCUGCCAUUUGGAUAAUCAAAAAGGAUAUAUAGCUGUUGGUAUGGAUGCCGACUUUGUGAUAUGGGACCCAGAAGCACAGUUUCAGGUGAACAAGACUCAAAAUAAACAUCGUAAUAAGGCUAUCUAA